AUGUUGUCCGCGCCCGCGGGAACGGCACCCUUACAUGGCCCUAACAAGUCUGCUUUUGCUGCCUUAAAAUCAACCCUUUGGCCCGAGCGCACAUUCGCUUCUUUUGUUGACGGCAAAGAGAUCGAGUUUUGCCUUGAUAUCGAAAUGGUUCUGACUCGCCAAAAUGAGGGUAUUGACAACUCAGUAUAUUGCACCCCCACAGCCAUAGGCGCCUCCUCCGCAAAAGGGGGCGGUGUUUUAAUCGAUGCGCGGCUUGCUUUUCUGAUCGGUGAUCCGUGCGCAAUGAGGGGGGCUCCCGGACGUGCAGAUUCGCCAACAGUUUCCUGGACCUGGGGACGUUGUUCAAAGCCCGCGGAAUCCGAGGAAGAGACGAACGGUCUUUUCCACGAGCUUGAUAUUGACUUCACGGCUUUGGUUCGGUACUUGCCGAAUUCCCUCAACAGCUCAACUCCUGGCCAUACUUCCGAACGAGACAACAAUAUCCGUGCGACAACCACAUCGGCGGCUUUUUGA